AUGCUCGAGCUGACCAACUACCGUCUCUCUUUUGUUGCCAAUGGAGGAGUGCGAUUAAGCUUCUAUUCUGUACCAUUGACCACUAUUCAGUCGGUAGAGCUGAAGCGCUCUUUUAGAACCGAUCAAGCAAUCCAGCAGGCUGGACUGUUUCUCCUUUGUAAAGAUAUGCGACAGAUUCGUUUUGUUUUGCCUGUAUGCACUCUGAUAUUCAUUUACGAUGUCAGAGCACGUGAUGAAUUGGGUAAGUAUAUCACUGAUACCAUUCACCCAACUCAACGCAUGCUGCCACUCUUCGCCUAUGUAUUCGGUGAGGCCUGUAUUGCCAAGAGCCUCUACCUCAAAUCAGGUUGGAAUGUCUACAGCCCGGAAGACGAAUACCACCGACAAAAUGUGGUGAAUAAUGGCUGGCGGAUAAGUAAGGUGAACGAGGGCUACAAACUGUGCCGCACCUACCCAGAAGUGCUUGUAGUACCGGUGAAGGUAACGGAUGAUCUACUUGUCCGUUGUGCUCCGCACCGGGCUCGUGGCCGUCUUCCAGUUCUCUCUUGGCUGCACCCUGAGAGCCGCGCCAGUCUCACUCGCGCCGCUCAGCCUCUGGCUGGUGUCCAGGGCCGUCGAAACGAGGCUGACGAGGAGCUUGUCCGUUGCAUUCGCGAGGCCAAUGCCAAUACUGUCAACCUCCUCGUCUUCGAUGCUCGACAUCAGUUCACAGCUGUGGUCAACCGCGGGCGCGGCGGAGGCAUGGAGAACCCAGCAUUCUACACCAACAUUCAGUACUCUUUCAUGAAUAUCCCCAACCUCCAUGCAAUGCGUGCCUCAUUUGCGAAGCUGAUGACUGCUAUUAAUUCUGUAACUCUUACUCAGCAAGAUAAUGUGUCAUGGCUCAAAACCAUCCACGACACCAAGUGGCUCUACAACACGCAGCAGAUUCUCUCUGCUGCUGCUGCUGCUGCUGACCAAAUCGAGAAUCACAAGUCCUCCAUCCUCGUUCAUUGCUCAGAUGGGUGGGACCGCACUCCACAAGUAACCAGUCUUGCAAUGUUGAUGCUGGAUCCCUACUAUCGUACUCUGCGCGGAUUCCAAACUCUCGUUGAGAAGGAGUGGGUUUCCUUUGGCCAUAAAUUCUGCCAGCGUACUGGUGGUCCCGCAGAUGGCGGUCAUCUUAUCUUCACCCACAACUCUCCUACUCUCACAGCCACCCCUACUCCCACAAAAGUGGGAACAUCCAAUCCCGAAGAGCGUUCGCCCAUCUUCCUGCAGUUUAUUGAUUGUGUUUGGCAAAUGACGAUCCAGUUCCCCGCCUCAUUCGAGUUUAACGAGCACUUCCUUGUCACCAUACUAGACGAACUGUAUGCCAGUAGGUUCGGAACUUUCCUCUUCGACUCGGAGUGUGAAGCGCGCAACAACUUCGUUCGUACAAAAACUGUUUCUCUAUGGGGUUACAUAAACUCUAACAUCAAGGCAUACUUGAAUCCCACCUACACGCCUGCAGAGGUGUCAGGACAUCGAUUAAUCAUUCCCUGUUCUAUGUCAUACCGGCUAGAGUUGUGGACGGGCUAUUACCUGCGUUGGCAGCCAUUCAUGCGGUGUCAGGAGCCGGUGGUAUCGCGUAGCGCUAAGGUGCUCGAUCGCAUGCAGAAGUUCAGGGCUCUUUCGCGACACAAUAAGCGUGGGGGUACUCAAGAGGGGAGUGUCUCACCCGCAGCGAACUCGGUCGCUUCACUACCACUGGCAGAGAUGAGCACGCACGAUGCUUCAGUCAUCCUACCUGCUGUCCAGUCGGCUGUCUCGCCUCGUCGCAUCUUCCCUCGUUUCCCCAUCUCAACUAGCAGCACAGCCGCUGUCACUGCUGCUCCUGCAGUGGAGAAGACCCCUGUGGUGGUCGCCCAGCCCUGA